AUUUGGACUUCUAGAGCCAGCUUUGUCUUUAUCUAUGGGCCUGCUCACCUGAUGCUCCGGGGGUCUCCAUCGCCGCCCACCCACUAUUGCUUCUCAACCGCUGAAGCUCAGCCCCAUCUGCAGCCCUCAGCUCGGUCCCAGCUAGAACCUCCAAGACUACUGUGUCUGUUUGGAAGUUCUCUCCGACAGUCGUCCUUGCCCAAAGGCCCUAGAACCUAGGAGGCGUCCUCCCACCCUCCCUGACCCCACGGCCUCUCUAAUUCCUUGCAAUUCGAGCUUUUGCCCAGACCGCAGCUUGAGGCAGAUCUGCCCAGUCUUCACUUCUCAGAUUCCUAAAGGCUUAGAUCGAUGUCACAUGUAGACCCGACACAGGUGGCACCUGAGGAUAGAAAGGGGGAACUCUUUCCCAGGCUAGUGGCUUCCCUGUGCGCCGGUAACCAGCAGCCCUCCUUCCUGUUCCUGCAGAAAUCCUCUGUUGAUUUUUGCGGACAUGCGUCCAACCCGUGCUCGCCCAGAGCAGGAAAGCUUUGUGGAGCGCUCAUUUUUUCCUGACGCAGCAAAGCGGGACACUGAAGAAUGGGUGGAGGGAUGGGAGGUGAGCGCAGCCUGGCGAGGAAACUGAAGAAAGCAAGGCGUUGGUACCAAUUCAACAUUCAAGAGUUCUUGACCUGGCCUCAGUCAGUGUCCUCCAGUCCCGCCCCGCCCCCUUCUUGCCUCCUUCCCUCUCCCUACUCCUGGCCUCAAGUACCCCCAAGUAUAGUCCCGCCCCGAGCUCCAGCGUCCUCAGUCUGGGUCCGUCUCUAGGCAACCGCAACGGGUACAGCAGCGAAGCAGCGAAGCAGCUGUCUGGCUGUAGGCCUUAGGCGCCAUGGACCUGGUCAUCACGCAGGAGCUGACCCGUGCCCAGAACCAAGAAGAUGCAGCUGCCCUGCGACGAGCUUAUGAGCUGAUCAAGUCAGCAAACCUGGGAAAGUCGGAGUUCGACCCCUCAGAGAGCUUCAGCCCGGACCUCUUCGUGGUGUGUGCAGAGCAGGCACUCAAGAUGGGGGAGUCCGAGAUGAGUGAGGACUGCAUCCAGAUGUACUUCAAAGUGAAGGCGCCAGUCACUCAGUUUCUGGGUCGAGCGCACCUGUGCAGGGCUCAGCUUUGUGGCCCACAGUCAGAGGAAAACCUGGAGGAAUUUGAAAACUGUGUGACUCAGUACAUGAAGGCCGUAAACUUCGCAAAAGGAGAACCGAGGUAUUACUUCUUGGUGUUCAAUGCUUCUGUUCUCUACUGGCACAUGGUGCGGCCAUUACUCAAGCCUGGAUACCAUCAGUAUGUGAUCCCCAGCCUCUCUCAAAUCAUCACCGUGUUAAACCAGACAGAAGAGGACAAGGAGUGGCAGGCAGAGCUGAUGAUGGAACUUCUUGAAUGCUACCUGCAAGCCGGAAGACAGGAGGAGGCUGCCAAAUUCUGCUUGACAGCUGCACCCUUCAUCAAAGCCCAUGUGCCCCACAAGUAUCGGAAUAUAUUCUCAGUCAUGGUUCGUCAUGAGCUGAUGGAUGAUAAUCAGUUAAAGGAAGAGAAGAAGCAUUCUGCCAGUCUCUCCAUCACUUACAGCAUCAAUUCGCUAAAAGCGAAAUUGGAUAAAAAUGAUUUGCCAGAAGACAUCGACCAAAUUCUGAUGAAUGCCUUUAAACAUUUAAGUCAUUUUAAUCACCAACGCUUCCCUUCUGUCAAAGAAGAAAAAAUGCUUCUGCUUUUUGAAUUGGGCCGCCUGUCUUUGAUCUUGAAAAAUGAGUCAAUGGCCUCCGACUGCCUCUCAGAGCUGAAGAAACUUGAAACCAAAGAUCUUGCCAAGCUGCUAGAAAUCGAAGGUCUGGAGUGUGAAUUAGAAGCUUUGAGACUGGAGAGUAAAAUUAAUAUGUACCUUCGAGGAGCCGUUGAGAGCCAGCUGAACAUCAUAGAGAGACUGGACAUCAUACUGCAGCGGGCCAUCCGUUUGGGUGACCCCACGGCCAUCCAUGUGCUGUGUACCACACAGUGGAACACCUGCCUGCCCCUGCUGCAGCGCAACCUGAGGCACUACCUCCGGAAGCCACUGACCACCAUCGCUGAGAUUCUGGAAAAAGUUGAUAGUCUCAUGACCCUGAUGCGCUGCCAAGUCCACAUGGAGAUGGCAUGCAUUGAGCAGGAUGAGGACCGGCUGGAGCCUGCCAUUGAGCACUUGAAGAAGGCCAUGCGCCUGGACAGCCAAGGCAUCUACCAGGACAAGUUAAGCAUGGUUUACAACCGGCUGCAGUUGUGUACUAUGCUGUACCAGUCCCCUGAUCGUCCUGAGGACAAGGCCACCAUGGCCAUUGAACAGGCAAAGAAAGCCACCCUGAAAGACAGUGCCCGGAAGAAGCGUGCACUCCUGGUGAACGCGGGUCUGGCCCUCGCCCCUGACACCUUCCAGAUCGUGCUGGACAGCGAGAAUGAGGCCAAAGUUUCCACUGGGAAAACCAGGGGCCGUUUCACCUACCUCUGUGCAAAAGCUCGACAUUACAUUCUCAGCGUGGACAAAGCUGCUGGGCACCUGCGGCGUCUGGGAAAUGAGAAUGACAAAGAGAGAAUUAUGAUUUGGUCCGAGCUGGCCAAGGUUGCCUGGAAUCAAGACGUGUGUGAUGUCUGUCGCACGGCAACCCGCUUCGGCCUUCUGUAUGACAAUCUCAAGUCAAAGAAGACCACAAAGCUAAAACGAGUGAAGAAGAAGAAAGGUACCGAGGGCACCGUGCAUGACGUGGGGCCAUCUGAGAUGGCCCUACAGAAGCAUAUGUCCCCUGACCUGCUGAGGAAGAUCGCAGAGAUGUCAUUCCUCAGUGCUGAGGCCACUGUCCAUUUGCUGCACUUGGAAGGUGUGGAGCUGAACAGCCAGGCCAUCCCCCCUGAGGACUUGAGCCAACACCCAGCUGGCUAUGUGCCUGAGCCACCAGAUAUCAAUCCAGAGUGGAUCACAUACAGAACCUGGAUAGAAAGCCUGUCACAGUAUGCAAUGGGCAACUGGCUGCGUGCUGCAGAGAUUGGGCAGGACUUAGGGGAAUCCUGGGUUGUGCAGAAUGCUGUGGUCUGUGUUCUGAACCACAACCGUCACCUCAUCUUGUCUGGGAGGCAGAAAGAGCUGGUGGAUUACCUAUUUCACUUCCUGACCAUCCUCAAGGCCACUGGCUACAAAGGGGACCCUGUCAUGCUGGUCAUGCUCUGUGAUGCCCUGGCUCGGGGCCUGAUCAUCAGCUGGAUUCCCACCCAGACACCCGAAAAGUCAAAAAGGAAUGUGCGCCCCAACUUGGUUCAUAUUCCCAUGGAGUCCUCUGCCUCAUCGGAUAUCAGAGCGGCCGUGGAGGUCUGUGAGUUCGCACUGAGCCUCACCAAUGGGAAUGUGCCAGAGGACAUGGUCCACACCAGUGUGCGACAACGUCUUAUUGCCACCUGGGUAAAGGCCAAGCAGCUAUUGCAGCAUCAGAUUGGGCAUCGACUGGGCACUGAUGAACAGAGUACCAAUGAGGGCAUCAACUCUAAAACCAGAGUCCUUGUUGCCGUUGAGAUGUACUCAUGCAAUGGAUUGGGUCUCAUGGACUUCACUGUUCCCCCCCUAGCCCAGGUGGUGAGAAUGGCCUCUGAGUGCAACUGGUCAGAACCCCUGGUAGAGCUGCAGAUCCUGUCGCGCCUUGCCUACUUCGCCUAUGUGGCCCACGACCAUGAGAUCACUAUGGCAUGUUCGCAGAAUGCCACACAGAUGGGCCUCAAGAACCUGCGGUCAUUUGACGAGAUCGAUGCCAAGCUAGCAGCAGAAAUUCUGUGUACUGUGGCCAGCAUCCAGGGCCGGAGCAUCAUGGAGAACAUGAAGGGUAGGAAGCAGCUACGGCUAGCAGCAGCCAAGGUCUUUGUAGAGAGUGCCAGGUUCGGGGGCCUGGCAGGCAACAGUACUCUGGUGAUGAUGGCCGCCCGGCAUUUCUGGAACACAUGGCUCCCACUUCUGUCCUCACCAGUCAACAGGAAGAAGGCAAAGGGAUCCCUCCAGCGAAUCAUCGGCAUCAUCAACAAGACAGAGGCCAAGAAGCAGGAUACAGAGAAAACACUGCUUCUGCACCAGUGGCCAACAGCUGACUUCCAGGGUGGAGGGACAGCACCCGAAGGCCAAUUCCUUCCAGGGUCUGAGGAUGACCUCACACUCCGUGCUGCACUCUAUAGCGUGCUCUUCUACACCCAUGCUGACCAGAAAGACUGGGAGGCGGGCCUUAAGGUGCUGGAUGAGGCUGUGCAAGUGCUGCCAAGGACAGCCCACCGCCUCUUGAUUUUCAAACAUAUGGUCAUUGUGAAGGCCAAACUUGGCCAGAACUUUACCAUGGAAAUUCAGAAGUUCAAGGAUGAGAGCGAAGACUAUUUGGCCCACAUGUGGUACCGUCUGGCCCAGAACUCGAGGAGCGUCUCUGGAGAGCUCACCUGUUUUCAGAAUGCUAUCCAGGCACUGCAGAAGCCAGAGAGCAACUGGCAGAAGGUCGAUUACAUCAUUGAGUUCAGUCAGUGGAUGUAUUACAACCAGUUCCCUAUGGAAGAGGUGAUUUUUCACCUCGAUUGGGCAAUCGAAAUCCUGCUAUCCAUGAAACCCACUGAAGACUCCCCUGAGCCAGAGCCCAAUAAGGAAGGGCAGGCCUCCUCUCCCCAGUCUCUCACAGGGAGUGCAAUGUCCUUGGAUCUGGAGACAAUCUCCUUGGACCAGUUUCGAAGUGUGAGGCAGUUGGAGGCCCUGGCCCGGGUGCAUAUCCUUCGGGCCUUGAUGGUGUCCCGAAGCUCCUCUUCCUAUGAAGAUGACUGCUUCAUGGCCUACAGCUUCCUCAGGCACAUCUGGCAGAUUUCAACCCCAGCUUCCAACAAGCCAUCUGAUGACAUCCCCACCAGCAUGGAAGAGUGGGCCUCCUACUCCUGCCCUGAGGAUCUGUUGUCUGUGUUCAAGCAAGACAGGAGUGACUCCACGGUUAACGCAUCAAGUUUCCAGAAGCCGACAUACACCUUGUACUACAUAGACCAUUUGGUCAAAGCCCUGCAAACGAUGUACCUUCAUGAGCUCAGCAUCCCCAUCCUGCAGCUGGCCGUGCUCAUUGCAGAUGUUGUGGUGGAGAGCAAGAGCCUUGCAGACCUCUACCACCUGCGACUUUUACAGGUGUGUUCUGACCUGAGAUUGCACUAUGCAGCAACUUAUCACGAGGAGGUGGUUGGACAGACAUACAUUGGGGACAUGGAGCAGGCCAGCUGCAGAAAAGAGAUUGCAUUUAAAAAGAAGAAGAGCAAGGAACCUGCGAUUGUCGAGAGCCAGACAGCUGUGCAUGAGCCGCUGGCUCCAUCCCGCCCUGCAGAGAUGAAGCCACAGAUAGCUGAAGACCAGAUUUUGAAGAUAAAUGGAGAGACUGGCAAAGGCCUGGAUGAGACAUCCUACCCCCAGCUGUGGAUGCUCAAAGGAGAGGUCCUACUGGAAUUGGAGCAGCACCAACCAGCCCGGCUGCUCUUAUCAGAGGCCCAACAGACUUUCCAGGAGCUAGGCUAUGUCUGUUUAGAAGCACAGAGCUUGUUGCUUCUAGCACAGCUGGCCAACAAGGAAAAGAACCACGGACAAGCUAUGCUCAUGAUUGAGAGAGCCCAGCAGCUAGGGGGAGCUGAGGAAUUCUGGUACAACUCAACCCUGGCUCUGGCUGAGGCCAUCUUAUCCUCUGAAGAUGAUGACAAAGAAGUCACAGUUGGCAUACUGUUUCAGAAACUCAUAGAUACUUUCAAGGACCUCCAGAAAGAAAGGCCAAACCGAAAAUCCCUGCUGGAAUUCCUCAUCAUGGACCUGGAGGCCAGGUGUGUGACACUUCAAGUCCAACUUUCAUUCAGCUUGGUUGACAAAGCCCUUCUUGAGUGCCCAUUUGUGCUGGCGGAUCUAGAAAAUCACCUGGUGGAAGUAGAAGAAAAAUUCAUACAGAGUGGCUACAAGAGGAAAUUUGUCGACUUAAAACUAGAGCACGCGCAGAUAAAGAAGUUAUGUGCUCAAAAGGAGAAAGAUGAGGAACAAAAAAUUGCCUAUUGCCUGGAUGUGUAUAACUUGUCCAACGGAGCUAUAGCUGAGGAAGAAGAGCUAUUUCACAGAAUCCAGGGGCUACUAUCCCUUCAUGAUUUACAGAACAUCAACUCACCACUGAUGAGAAGGCUGGCCCGCCUCAAACUCCGCCUGGCAGAAACAUGCCUGGACAUGCAGCAGCUAGUCUUCAAGGAGGCCAUGGAGUUGCAGCUGGAGCAGGGCUCCUUGGAGAAGCUACUUGCAGACUUCCUUCAGAAUAUCAACGACUACUCAUCCAUUGGCUUGCAAUGGUACAUGCUGAAGAGAACCCUGCCUCACAUGGUGCUGACACAGCUGGAGAGUCUGCAGCCGCUGUGUGUGGGCUGCAUGGACAUCCGUGCCCAGCUUCUAGUGCUGGCUGGGAAGGCCCUCCAUCUACUUUCCGUGCAGACAGACCCUGUGUACCCUUCCUUCUGCUGGGAGGAAGACCUCUUGGUAGGUGCUAAACAGAACAGCCAGAGGUCGAUGGAGGUGGAGACGGACACAGAUGACAAAGGUGCAGAUUCCUCCACCAGGGACUCGACAACCUUGAAGGAAACCUCCAGAGAGCAAAACCGGAAGGCUGAGAGUCUGAAGAAGAGGUUGGUGCUGGCCCAGAGGUUCCUGGCUCAGACAUCAGAGGUACUGCUGCAGUGUUUGCAGGCUUCCCUGAGCAGCAACCUUCUGGACAUCGCAGCCAUGGCCAGCUUAGAGAUGGUGGAGUGCAUCGGCAGCCUGGAUCCCAUAACCACCUGCCAGUUCCUGUCACUGUCUCAGAGCUGUUCGACCUCACAGAUGAUGCGGAAUGUUUUGCUCACUGCCACGAACAACACCAGCAGCUCACAGCUGGCAGCCCUGCUGCAGCUCCAUCAGCGGAUGAGGAAGCAGGACAAGACCUCCACCAACCUGUUUGCCAGUGUGGAGCACAGGCUGGCCGCCACUUCCAGGGCAUGGCAGGGCCUCUGUGUCACAGAUCAGCAUUUCACCUUCCUGAAUGAGAUUCCACCCAUGUUCCGGAUCGUCUUUCUUCAGCACUCACGAGACAGGUCCUAUCUGUAUGGUGCUGCCUUUGAGAGACCAAAGUCCAUGCCUGCACCCAAGGGGAAAACGGUAGCAGUGGGCGGUCACUGCAAGGUAAUGCGGGUGACUGUGAGUCCAACUGCCUACUCAGACUUGUUGACCAGAGUCCAGUGGUUCCGGAAGCAGACACAGAUCCAGCAAGACCUGAGCAGGGAGAGGCUCAACGGCAUCCUGGAGAAUAUGGAGGACUAUAUGAAGCCCAUUGCUCCCCUGUUCACCUUCCCAGAUUUCAGGACACAGAUGUCAACGGGUGUAGCUGAUGCAGGGAAACACAAAGGCAAAGAGAAGGAAAGGAAAGUGUCUCUCUCUUCAGGGCAGCUUGACUCUGAGUACAUGAUCCUGAUCGUAGACAAGCUCCUACUAGAAUUGCCCCUUGAGGGGCUCUCUAUGCUCGAUGAGUUCACCUCCCUGUCAAGAGAAUUUUCUCUCCAGAUGCUGUGGAAUCGUCUCCAUAAGGAGGAGCUAGAAGGUAGUGUGAAGAAAGAGACCAAAAUCAAGGAAUUCAAGAAGAAAAAUCCAGCAAAGAAAGGCUUGAAGAACGCCAUGAUCCGGGUCAUCCCACCCGAAUGCACCCUAAUCGACUCUGACACUAUCAAGUUUGUUGUGGACCCUUAUGAGGAGGCUGAGGUCAAAGAGGUACUGAGUCCUGUUUCCGUAACCCAGGAAAUCUUGGAGAAGUUCCGAGAAUCAUACACUGCACGUUGGACGGGGCAUCUGGGAAGCUACCACAUUCUAAGCCAGACCGACUGGGAGCAAGUACUGGACAGCUGCAGAGCCUUUUUCUUCUAUGGGAUGGAGGGCUUCCUGUCCCACCUGGUAGUGGAAAGACUGGUAGCCAUGGAUCUGCAAGAAUGCCAGAUGAUGAUCCUGCUGGACUUGACAAGGUCCUCCGAGAGCCGGAAGCGGAAGGAAGAGUCCUCAGAGAGCAAGAGUAAAUCACAACGGUCCUUGGAGAAGCCUAUCGAGACUGCCAUCCUUCUGAGCCUGGUGGGGGUUGAGAGCAUCGUGGCUAACCAGUGGCCCACGCUUCUGCAGGACAACGCGCUGAGGGCCAAUAUCCUGUGGGAUAACCUGUUAGCAAUUGGCAAGCCACUUGGGAAAACAGUUCGUCUCAUUCAGAGGAUAGGCAAUGAAACCGUUAACCAAGAUGAGGUUCCCCCAGAAUCCAAGGAAGAGAUGUACUCUGAGUUGCAACCUCAGCAGGGUGAGUCACAUCCCACUGCCCUCUGCUUGGUUCUGUACGGACUGCCUCACCAAGCCAUCGUGUGAGCUAAACCCUGGAGUCUGUGGGGCCGCUACUCUGAGCUCUACCCUCUGAGGCUCCUCCCGACUCAGGUCCCUUUCCCCACCUUCUGGGGCUAAUCCCAGCUUUGACACACACAGCCUGAUGUCU